AACAGGAGUAAGUGGUUGUGGGUAACAGAAACAACAGACUGUGGCAAAUCAGGCAGCCUUGCUGAAAAGACACACAUUUGCUUUAUUUAUUGUGCGUUUUCCCAAACAGGCGUCUGUUCAUCUGGAGUCUUCUGAAGAAUGAAGAUGAUGACAAUGUCACUAGUCGUGACUUCAUUUCCCACCUUCUCCACGCCACCCAUCCUCCACCAGAAUCUGAAGAUCAACUCCUCUCAGCAGAGUGCCUGGCUUCAUAAUAAUAGCACCUUUCCACCUAUUCAGCCUGCAGGUUUAGUAAUAUCCUGCUUCACCAUGAUAUUUGGGACCGUCUCCAACCUCACAGGUCUUUAUAUAUUGGCUAAGUCUCAUGCCAGAUUUCGACGUCAAGCCAAAGCGCCGUUUCUGCUUCUGACGGUGGCUUUGCUCUUGGCUGACCUUGGAGGUCAUGUGAUUCCCGGUGCAUUUGCAUUGUACCUGCACAUUAUUAGGAGAUAUGAAAUGCAGGAUGUGAAGCCCAACAAGGAAUUCUGCCACAUUUUUGGAGCAUGCAUGGUGUUUUUUGGCCUGUGUCCCUUGUUGUUGGGUUGUGCUAUGGCAGUGGAGCGCUGUAUUGCCAUCACCAAGCCCUUUUUCCACGCAUCCAUGGUUACAGUGGCUCAUAUGAGACAAGUUGUGUUUUUUCUAUCCUCUCUUGCACUUGUAUUAGCAAUCCUACCUUUCUUUGAGGUGGGAACUUAUGCUAUCCAGUUUCCAGGCACAUGGUGCUUUUUGCCUGUCCACGAUCCGCAGUCUGCAGCCAACACAAUCCUGGCUCUGGUGUUCUCAAGUCUGGGCCUCGCUGCACUUGUCCUGUCUCUCAUGUGCAACAUCCUGAGUGGUCUGGCUUUGCUGCACCCCAGGAUUAGGUCCCAUAAUGAUAACGCAAAAGCUACUGCUGCUCAGUGUCCUCGGCGUGCCUCAUCUGCCUCUUCUUCCUCUGUGUUAUGUUCACUGGACGUGGAAAUGAUGAUGCAGCUGGCAGCGAUCACUGUGGUUUCUUGUGUCUGCUGGAGCCCCUUUCUUAUCCAUAUUUUUUUGAUGCAGAUCAGCCAAAGCCUCAAAGCAUCGGCUCAAAUGGAAGAUGGAUUUAUUCUUCUGGCGCUGCGCAUGGCCUCCUGGAAUCAGAUCUUGGACCCUUGGGUUUACAUCUUACUCAGGAGAACAGUGCUUUCUCGAGUUUGCUGCAGACUGUCUGCUCAGAGAGUCACAGUGACAAGAAAUAGCUCCAGUGCAGACACAAACAGAUAGACCUUCAGUUUGCAGUGACACAUUUUCUUUUGUA